AUGGAAGACUUUCAAGUAUAUUUCGAAUUAUAUAGAUCUCAGCAACACGACUUACUAUACCCACUUAUCUUUUGGGAGUCUAUUUACGCCCUUGCUCAUGAUCGUGAUUUAAAUAGAUCCGUUUUAUUGGAUAAUGUAGGUUAUGACAAGAAAGCUAGUUUACUAAUUAUAAAACGUUUAAUUAGUCGAAUGUAUCAACAGAAUCGUUUUAUUAUUUCCUUUAAUGAUUCUAAUCAAAAUAAAUUUUUGGGGUACAACAAAAAUUUGUAUUCUCAAAUGAUAUCGGAGGGAUUUGCAGUCAUUGUGGAAAUUCCGUUUUCCCUACGAUUAGUAUCUUCCUUAGAGGAGACAGAAACCAUAAAAUCUUAUAAUUUACGAUCAAUUCAUUCAAUAUUUCCUUUUUUCGAGGACAAAUUUCCACAUUUAAAUUAUGCAUCAGAUGUACUCAUACCCUACCCUAUCCAUCUGGAAAUCUUGGUUCAAACCCUUCGCUACUGCAUGAAAGAUCCCUCCUCUUUGCAUUUAUUACGGCUCUUUCUUUACGAGUAUUAUAGUUGGAAUACUGUUAUUACUCCAAAAAAAUCCAUUUUUGCAAAAAGGAAUCAAAGAUUAUUCUUGCUCCUAUACAAUUCUUAUGUAGGUGAAUACGAAUCCAUUUACUUUUUCUCCGUAAUCAGUCUAAUCAUUUACGAUUAA